AUGCAACAUCCCCAGGCCAGUCUGCAUCUGGGACACUCGAGGAAAAACUAAAUGGGAUACAUGGAGCUCUCUGGGAAACAUGACAAAGGAGGAAGCUAUGAGAAAUUAUAUUGAGCACAUCCAGCUGAUUUUGGAGACCAUCCCAAUCUCAGAGGAAGUGUCUGAACUGGUGCAGAAGCUCGGCAGUUUUUACACAGAGGUGGAUGAAGAAGAAGAAGAAAUGGAAAACAAAACGGACAAGAGACCCUUCACCAGGCCUUUUGCAGGGCAAACAGAUGAUCUGGUUAAAUCACUAAAAGGACCAACAAUGGAAGGCUACGGGGAUCUGUGGGAUGACAUACAAAACCUUCAGGAGACACGCACAGAGCGCAGCCUGCGAGGACUAAACCUGAGGAGCGAGGAGGCGGAGGCGAGCAAAGAAAGCAGCCAAACUGAGACAAAAGAGGAAAGUUGUGUGUGGAGAGGACUUGAGGAAGACGAGGAGAAUUGGGAUGGCAGCAUCAAUUCGGUGUCUGAAGACGAGGAUGAAGAACAAGACUGGAGACUUGACCCAAGUGUUUCAACGGUGGACGUUGAGAGGUGGAGAAGUGAUACCGAAAGUUCAGGCAGCAGCUUGGAGCCCAGCAUGUCCUCCUUUACCAAGGGUGCACACAGCUCCUUCAACAGUGAGGAGGAGGAGCUGGAGCCCAGAGGGCAGAAGGAUCCACACGAUCAGUCCAGUCAACACUUCAGAGGUUCUCAGUCUCCAGAACUCGUCUGCGACUCACUGCGAUGCAUCGGUGUUGAUGCUGCCCGUCGCUGUGUGUCGAAGAACAGACAUCUCGUCAGGGUCAGGAGGACCAAGGUCAACAUGCAGAUAGCUGCGGCUCUGCUGAGGCUGCAGGAAAACAUGGCCAAUGUGCUGCACAGGCUGCACGUUCUGGAGGAGCUCAAUAAGCCACAGUCAAGAUCUUCUUCCCCACACCAAGAAGAAGUUUUUCGAUUUGCACUAAAAGUCCUGUUCCUCCGCCCGUCUUGGUGGCCAUUCGACUACGCUCCGAUGACGGUGGUGCUGACAACGUUUUGGUCUCUGAUCACUCACUGGCUGGUCCAGCUUUAUUUACAGCAAAAGAGAAGGAUCGACAGCUCCCACCCCACCGGUCACUCUGAGCACAGCCUGCCAGCCAGUUGA